GGGCUCCGGGAGAUUCCGGCGGCCCCGGCCUCGGAGGAGGAGGACGUCUGCAAGCAUACGUCUGUCUGUCUGGAAAGAAAGUGAUUUGCUGCAAUGGAAAUUUCUAUGAAGUAAUUUCUGAUCUUCAAAAAAAGGAAGAGAUUCCCAGCACAUCAGCCUAAUUAGACUGCUGUUUUUCCAUCCAGUCCAGAACUACUUUGUUUUUCUUCUAUAAUCAUGGCAAAACCUUAUGAAUUUAACUGGCAGAAGCCAGUUCCCUCUUUUAUGCAAGACGGAGCUGUGUUUGAUAGAUAUGAAGAGGAAUCUUUUGUCUUUGAAAGCAGUUGUCUCUUUCAAGUGGAUGAAUUUGGCUUUUUUCUGAGCUGGAAAAGUGAAGGAAAGGAGGGACAGGUGUUAGAGUGUUCCCUGAUCAACAGUGUUCGUUUUGGAGCUGUUCCAAAGGAUCCCAAAAUACUAACUGCACUUGAGGCUGUUGGAAAAUCCGAAAAUGAGUUGGAAGGACGGAUAGUGUGUGUUUGCAGUGGUAUAGAUCUGGUGAACAUCAGCUUCACUUUCAUGGUAGCAGAAAACACAGAAAUUGCCAAGCAAUGGGUAGAAGGACUGGGAUCCAUCAUACAUAACUUCAGAGCUAACAAUGUCAGUCCAAUGACAUGUCUCAAGAAACACUGGAUGAAGCUGGCCUUUCUAACAAAUACAAAUGGGAAAAUUCCAGUUCGGAGCAUUACCAGAACCUUUGCAUCAGGUAAAACAGAAAAAGUGAUCUUUCAAGCACUCAAGGAGUUAGGUCUUCCCAGUGGAAAGAAUGAUGAAAUUGAGCCCGCAGCAUUUACUUACGAGAAAUUUUAUGAGCUCACCCAAAAGAUAUGUCCCAGAACUGACAUAGAGGACCUCUUUAAGAAGAUCAAUGGAGACAAAACUGAUUAUUUAACGGUAGACCAAUUAGUGAGCUUUCUAAAUGAACAUCAACGAGAUCCUCGGCUCAAUGAAAUUUUAUUUCCCUUUUAUGACACAAAAAGAGCAAUGCAGAUAAUUGAGACAUAUGAGCCAGAUGAAGACUUGAAGAGUAAAGGUCUCAUAUCAAGUGAUGGAUUUUGCAGAUACUUGAUGUCAGAUGAAAAUGCCCCAGUUUUCCUAGACCGUUUGGAAUUAUAUCAAGAAAUGGACCAUCCUUUGGCUCACUAUUUUAUCAGUUCCUCACACAACACAUAUUUAACAGGCAGGCAGUUUGGUGGCAAGUCUUCGGUGGAGAUGUACAGACAAGUGCUUUUGGCUGGAUGCAGGUGUGUUGAGCUGGACUGUUGGGAUGGAAAAGGUGAAGACCAAGAACCAAUAAUAACACACGGAAAAGCAAUGUGCACAGAUAUUCUUUUCAAGGAUGUAAUUCAAGCCAUUAAGGAAACAGCUUUUGUUACAUCAGAGUAUCCCGUCAUUCUUUCAUUUGAAAAUCAUUGCAGCAAAUAUCAGCAGUACAAGAUGUCAAAAUACUGUGAAGAUCUUUUUGGAGAUCUCCUGUUGAAGCAGCCUCUAGAAACACAUCCACUUGAUCCAGGUAAAGCAUUACCUUCUCCCAAUGAUCUCAAAAGAAAGAUUCUCAUAAAGAAUAAGAGGUUAAAACCUGAAGUAGAAAAAAAACAGCUCGAUGCUCUAAAAAAGAUGAUGGAGGCUGGUGAAACUGCUGCUCCUGUGAAUAUCUUAGAGGAUGAUAAUGAAGAAGAAAUAGAAAGUGCUGACCAGGAAGAAGAAGCUCAUCCAGAAUAUAAAUUUGGGAGUGACCUUACUGUAGAUGAUUACAGUCAAAAAGAAGCUGUUGCCAUCAGCGUCAAAAAGAUAGAAGUAGAGGCUGUUGAAGAUUCUGAGCAAGAAAACAAUAAAAAGGGUUUAGUAACUGUUGAAGAUGAACAAGCAUGGAUGGCAUCUUAUAAAUAUGUAGGUGCCACAACCAAUAUACAUCCGUAUUUAUCAACAAUGGUCAACUAUGCCCAGCCUGUAAAAUUUCAAGGUUUCGACGUAGCAGAAGAACGUAAUAUUCAUCAUAACAUGUCGUCUUUCAAUGAAUCAGUUGGACUAGGGUAUUUGAAGACUCAUGCCAUUGAGUUUGUGAAUUAUAAUAAACGACAGAUGAGUCGGAUAUACCCAAAGGGAGGCCGAGUGGAUUCCAGUAAUUACAUGCCUCAAAUUUUCUGGAACGCUGGCUGCCAGAUGGUCUCACUGAACUAUCAGACCCCAGAUUUAGCAAUGCAGUUGAAUCAAGGAAAAUUUGAAUAUAAUGGAUCAUGUGGCUAUCUGCUUAAACCAGAUUUCAUGCGGCGACCGGAUAGAACAUUUGACCCUUUCUCUGAAACUCCUGUAGAUGGUGUAAUUGCUGCAACAUGUUCUGUACAGGUAAUUUCUGGUCAGUUUUUAUCAGAUAAAAAGAUUGGUACGUAUGUAGAAGUGGAUAUGUAUGGCUUACCCACGGACACAAUACGUAAAGAAUUUAGAACGCGCAUGGUGAUGAACAACGGUCUGAACCCUGUUUACAAUGAAGAAUCAUUUGUAUUUCGAAAGGUUAUUCUCCCUGAUCUUGCUGUCCUGAGAAUAGCAGUGUAUGAUGACAAUAACAAGUUGAUCGGUCAGAGGAUCCUGCCUCUAGAUGGUCUACAAGCAGGUUACAGACACAUUUCACUUCGAAAUGAGGGCAACAAACCACUCUCUCUUCCGACGGUUUUCUGCAACAUUGUGCUUAAAACAUAUGUGCCUGAUGGUUUUGGAGAUAUUGUGGAUGCUUUGUCAGAUCCAAAGAAAUUUUUGUCUAUUACAGAAAAAAGAGCAGACCAAAUGAGAGCUAUGGGUAUUGAAACUAGUGAUAUAGCUGAUGUACCAAAUGACACUUCAAAAAAUGAUAGAAAAGGGAAAGCUAAUAACGCCAAAGCAAACGUGACUCCUCAGAGUAGCUCUGAGCUUCGACCAAGUACCACAGCAGGCUUUGGGUCUGGGACCGAUGCUAAGAAAGGUAUAGACCUAAUUCCUCAAGUGAAGAUAGAAGAUUUAAAGCAAAUGAAGGCUUACAUAAAACAUUUAAAGAAACAGCAGAAAGAGCUGAAUGCCUUAAAGAAGAAGCAUGCAAAGGAGCACAGCGCUAUGCAGAAGUUGCACUGCACACAAAUUGACAAAAUAGUGGCACAAUAUGAUAAAGAAAAGGUAUCAUACGAGAAAAUGUUAGAGAAGGCAAUCAAGAAGAAGGGAGGAAGUAAUUGUGUCGAAUUGAAGAAAGAAACUGAAAUUAAAAUUCAGGCACUAACGUCAGAUCACAAAUCUAAGGUCAAAGAGAUUGUGGCACAGCACACUAAAGAGUGGUCUGAGAUGAUCAAUACGCAUAGUGCAGAAGAGCAAGAAAUCCGUGAUUUACACUUGAACCAACAGUGUGAACUACUGAAGAAACUGCUGAUUAAUGCUCAUGAACAACAGACCCAGCAGCUAAAAUUUUCACAUGACAGGGAAAGCAAGGAGAUGCGUGCAAACCAGGCUAAAAUAUCUAUGGAGAACAGCAAAGCCAUAAGCCAAGAUAAAUCUAUCAAAAACAAAGCAGAAAGAGAGAGAAGAGUCAGAGAAUUGAACAGCAGCAACACGAAAAAGUUCCUGGAAGAGAGAAAAAGGCUUGCAAUGAAACAGUCAAAGGAAAUGGAUCAGUUGAAAAAAGUUCAGCUUGAGCAUUUAGAAGUCUUGGAAAAGCAGAAUGAGCAGCUUUUGAAAUCCUGUCAUGCAGUGUCUCAAACACAAGGCAAAGGAGAUGCAGCAGAUGGUGAAGCUGGAAGCAGAGAUGGAUCGCAGGCCAGCAACAGUGGUCUGAAGCCUCAACAUGCAAAUUGAAGUUGGAGAACAUAGCAUCCUUGAAAUGAGAGCAAAAUUCAAAAUGUUAUUGCAGAGGUAGAAAAGUCAGCUUUUAUUUUAUUUUAUUUUUUAAUAUAGAAAGUAUAGCUAUGGACCACAGAGUUUUAAGUUUGCAUUGUUUUGUUUUAACACUGGGCACUGAAUUUCCAUUGUUAGAUGUCCAUGAUUAGAGUUUCCUUUCUUCAGAAAAACACUAAUCAGAAGAUGAAGAGUUUGUAAACCCCGUCCUAUAUUCCUUUUGGUAUUUCAGCAGGCAGGUUGUCUGCAUCAGAAUUAUACAAUUGGAGCAUUGAAACACAAUAGAUAUUUUUAACAUUAUCUCAUAUGGCAAAAAAAUUCCAGUCAAGUUGUUAUUUACCAUUUGUGUUCCCAUGUGUGCUAUAUGAUGUAGAAACCUCAUGCUGCCACAUACCAACAAGUGACUUGUCAGAUGUCAUCAAGCCCAUUCAGCUGGAUCUUUUUUCUAGGUCACUGUAAUAACAUUGGUCCCAAUCACUCUAAUGAGUAGAGUCUGGGCAAUUCUUAGUUGUAUUUCAAAGUAUUUUUCAGGCAGCAGGCAGUAAGCAAUUGAAAAUCGUGUAUCUUUGAAGUACAGUAUGUACUAAGCCAUCCAUCAGAUUUACCAACUGUAACAGUAACUUCACGGGAUAUUUCUGCUAUCGUGACGUCAUUCACAAGUGCCAUAUCAACCCUGUCAUGUCUGAAAGAAGACAUAUCCUAUGUAAGUUACUGCAACGGUUAGUAUGAAGGAAAUACAGUGUAUUUGUGCCAAAAUUGCUCAGUGCUCCAAGGGGUUGUUUUUAGGCACUUUAAGAAAAGUUUACAUCGUAUGUUGCUUGUACAGAAAUUGCGUUUUGAUCCUGUUGCUGCAGAUCCCAGAUAUUACAGUUCAUUGUAACUUAAAGAUUGUUUUAAUGGCUUUUGCAAGAAGUUUGUAACUGUGAAAAUGUAAAAAGUAUUUAUACACUUCAGAACCAUGACAUUGUAGGAAAAAAACCACAUACGUGUUGCCACGUGAUAAAACUAGUAAGCAGAAAUGCUAAGAGUACGUUUGCAUGUGAUACAAACGCUAAUAAGACUGUAAUGCCUACUCUGUGACCACAGUCAUUCUACUAGCUGGUAAAUACUGAAUAAAUGUAUGGCACAGAAUCUUGUUUGAUUAAAUACAAAGACUUUUAGCAUAAAAAGGUCUCUCUAUGUAUGUGUGUAUAUUAAUUACAUGGGCAUUCUUGAUACUUCUAGUAAAAGAAAAGUACAUAACUAAUUUAAUUUUACACAAAAGUAUUUAUGCAGAUUUUCAGAAUUUCAUAUCAGGAAUAAUCUUUUUAUGUCCAUUAAAUACAAAAACAAUUUGCUAAUGUGUUAAUUUGCAUGUUUCCAAAGCUUGCUGUAGUUAUUGCAAAACAAUGCAUGUAAGCAUUCUGCUUGGAACUUCUCCAUGCUGCCAGUUCGAAGAUGACUGCAUGGAAAAAUGGUAGUUUAGAACAAAUCAGAUUCCUGAUUUCAAUGUACUAAGCACCACCUAAUUUGUUGUAUAUGCCUGUACAAAUGAAUUCUACAUAUUCCUAUAAACAAAAUAAAUGAAAAGAGAUAAUUAUGUUAUUGUCAGUCCUGAGAUGAAACUUUCAACUUCUCUAAUAAAAUCUUAAAAUUCAAAACCUCUAUUUGUGACCAACAGUGGAUUGCAGGGAUGGUGUUAUUGUUCCCUAUGACUUUUUAAUAUGAUGUAUUUCCUGUAAUGUGCAUAGUGUAAAUAUA